AUGAUUAAGGGCAUCGUGAACGGCGGAUGGGCAUCUUUCAAACCAUGGUCGGAAUGGACACAGUGUAGUCGCAGUUGUGGAGGAGGACUAAGGGAGAGGAAAAGAUAUAGACAUUGUACAAAUCCUCGACCCUUACAUGGCGGCAAAAAAUGUGAAGGACUAGAUAAUGAUGACAUGUUUGAAGAUUGCAAUACGCUGGAUUGUCCUAGCUUCUGCACAUGCUUUGGAUACGGCGAUCCUCACUAUUACACACCAGAUGGUGCAGAGAUACAUUUUAUGGGAACUUGUAAAUAUACAUUAUGGAAGUCUACAAUACCAAAUGAUGCAUGUUCAUUCAGAGUUGAAACGAAAAAUGAGAGAAGAUAUGGUCAAACGCACGUUGCAUACACACGAAUGAUUGAUUUUUUCAUUGAACAAAACCAAAUUCGCAUUCUUCAAGGUGGUAUUACUUUGUUGAAUGGCAUAGCUGUAGGAUUACCGACAUCAACAGCAAACAACUCUAUCGAGAUUACAAGAAGUGGAAGUUACAUCACAGCAAUUCAUUCCAAAUGUAACAUACGUGUCCAGUUUGAUGGUUCUCAUAUGAUUGACGUUAAGGUUUCUAAAAACCACUUCGGUGGAAAUUUAACUGGACUAUGUGGAAAUUGCAACGGAAAUGUCAAGGAUGACUAUCAGACCAAGUCAGGAACAGAUGUUUCCGGUUUGGGUUGGGCCGGCUAUGCAUCCAUCGGAAAUAGUUACAAAGUAUUGGAUGAUUCUGAUCAACCAGAUUUGAAUUGUGCUGAUGCUGAAGCCCCAGGUGAAUGUUCUGAUAAAGAUAAGGAACUAGCCAAGACGGAUGAUUAUUGCGGGUACCUUUUAUCAGAUUCAAGUCCAUUCAAGAUAUGCAGAGACUCAAAGAAAGUAGACUUCACCAAGAUGUACUCCAGCUGUGAAUUUGAUGUUUGUUCCUCUGAUAAAAAUAAUGCUAAUUGUCAAACGUUGGAGAGUACUGCACUUGCUUGCAGUCAACAUGGAUAUAGAGUUAAAUGGAGGAGCUUAAAAUUUUGUCCCGUGACUUGCACAGGAGAUUUUGUUUAUAAAACAACAGUAUCUUGCACCAAUACAUGCGAUAAUCCAACAGCAACUCAGAAUUGUCAGGACCCACCUGUCGAUGGAUGUACAUGUCCAGAUAAAACAUAUUUGAAUGGUGGUAAAUGUGUGACAAUUGAAAAAUGUGGAUCAUGUAAUCUUAAAAUUGGUGGCAUAUCAUCAAAAUUGGCAUUAGGCGAUGUUUAUCCAAAAGGUGAUUGCAUUUUGUCACAAAUGUGUGACUUGGUAAAUGGUACCUUCGAACUAGUUACUAUUCCAGCGAAAAAAAGCUGUGCAUUAGACGAAUGGUGUAAAACAAACAAUUUUGGCAUGUACGAGUGUACAAAGAAGCCAAUUAAUGGUGGUUGGCAAAUAACUGUCAACUGGUCAGACUGGAGUUCUUGUAGUAAAACAUGUAAUGGUGGAAUUCGCAAGAGAACACGUGGCAGAAGUUGUACAAACCCGAAACCGCAGUACGGAGGCACAUCUUGUUCUGGAUCUAUUACAGAAACCUCGUAUGAAAGCUGUAACACACUUGAGUGUCCUAGUUUUUGUUCGUGUGAAGGCUCGGGAGAUCCUCACUAUUACACUCCAGACGGUGCUGUUAUACAUUUUAUGGGGACUUGCAAAUACACUUUAUGGAAAUCAACAAUUCCAAGCGAUCAGUGUGAAUUUAAAGUCGAGACUAAGAAUGAGAGACGAUAUGGCUAUAUGCAUGUUUCCUACACAAGAAUGAUAGAUUUUUACAUGGGGAAUACACAAAUUCGUUUCUUGCACGGCGGAAACGUGCUGAUCGACGGUUACCGAGCAAGUUUACCAGUGAAAACUGGAAAUGACAGUAUUGAGUUAUCCAGAAGUGGUAGUUUUAUAUCUGCCGUGCACUCCAAAUGUAACAUACGCGUUCAGUUUGAUGGCUACCAUUUGGUCAAUGUAAAAGUGUCUAAAGGUUACUUUGCUGGAAAUUUAACUGGGAUAUGUGGAAACUGUAAUGGAAACUAUAAAGACGAUCUCCAGACCAAAGAGGGAACAGAUGUUUCAACUAAAGGAGGACAAGGUUAUGCUGACAUCGGGAACAGUUACAAAGUAACAGAUGAUUCAGACCUACCGGAUGAAAAUUGUGCUGAUGUCCCUCCAUUAAAAGAUUGUACAGAGGACAAACGGAAAUUGGCCAAAACAGAUAAAUAUUGCGGCUUUUUGGCAACAGAUACUAGUCCAUUCAAAGCAUGUAUGGAUUCAAAGAAAGUAAAUUUUGACCAGUUGUACAGUAGUUGUGAAGUUGACUUCUGUAAUUCAAAUAGAACCUAUGUACAUUGUCAAACUCUCCAGACUGCUGCUUUAGCUUGUAGUCAGCAUGGAUUUCAAACAAAAUGGAGAACACCCACCUUUUGUCCAUUAAAAUGUGAUGGUGGACUCGUAUACAAAUCGGCAAUAUCAUGUACCAAUACAUGUGAUAAUCCAACAGCCGAUCAAAAUUGUCAAGACCCGCCGGUAGAUGGGUGCACAUGUCCUGAUAAAACAUUUUUAAAUGGGGAUAAGUGUGUAACGAUUGACAGAUGUGGAUCUUGUAGAUUGAACAUUGGAAGAGGAACUUCAAAGCUCGCUUUAGGUGACGUUUAUCCAAAAGGUGACUGUAUCAAAUCACAGAAAUGCAUUUCGAAAAAUGGAACCUUCAACAUAGUAUCAGUACCGGCGUCCAUAUCAUGCUCAUCAGAUGAAUGGUGCAAGCUAAAUAAGCUCGGUGUAUACACGUGUACUAAGAAACCUGGUAAAUAUUAG